CCGCUAUGCAGGAAAACGUCAACAACAGAGGUAGAUAAACGGGAAGCGCUGGGCAGGACGCUUGUUUACAUCAUUUCUACCGUGAAUUCGUAACGCUACGCUACGCAUCGAGAAUAGUUUAAUACAUACGCAAUGGCCACCGCAGUACCACAAGCCCCUCCGCAGGUCAUGGGGGAAGAUGGUCUCGGGCCGGUCCGUUUGCCGGUGGAUCGAGAAUCGUACCAGUUCGACGAUUGGACGAUCGGCUACACCAAAUCGCACAUCCUCAAAAGCGUCUGCAUCAAUGGCGAGACCUGUGUGGCCGGCGAACCCGGCUGCUGCGAACUGUGCGUGUACAACUUUGCCCUCGCACUGCCACAUCUGCCCGAUAUGGUGUUUCACAAGAAUGUGCUCCGCAUUAGCCAUGCGUCCGGUGCGCAGCUCGAGUUCAAUCCGCUCGACGCACUGAAGCUGGUGCGCAACGAAAAGCUCGAUCUCAAGGUGGCCUGCUCGGACGAGUGGCGCGAAAGCCGCCCGGAAGCGGCACACACGUCCGACAAGGUGAAACCGUUCGACUGGACAUUUACGACCGAGUACGCGGGCACCACGAACGACCGUUUCCGUGCCGAACCGACGGAACAGCGCAUCGACAUGUUCAAGCUGAUGCGCAAGGAAGAGAUCCUGUUUUAUCACAACCUGACCCUGUUCGAGGACGAACUGCACGACCACGGCAUAUCGUUGCUGUCGGUGAAGGUGCGCGUCAUGCCGUCCGGGUUCUACAUACUGCUGCGUUUCUUUCUGCGCGUCGAUAACGUGCUGCUCCGAAGCAACGACACCAGAUUCCAUUAUGAAAAGGGCAACGAUUACGUGCUGAAGGAGUUUACGCACCGUGAAGCGAAGGUGGAACAGUUGAAGCACAUACCACCGGCACUAUUCACCAACCCCGACCAUAUCGUGGACAAGCUGCCGGUAGUGCGGAAAGUGAACGAAAAGCUAACGAUUGUAAAACCGGAAUAGACGGGCUGGUUGGCGAUUACCCCGGCCGGUCGGGUCUGUGAUCAGCGCAGCAUGCUAAAUAAAUUCUCCGUCAUCACCAAUGACA